AUGGCUGCAGCGACAGCCAUCGAUUCCACCCCAGUCAUACGCAAGCAGCCAGAAGACAUUCCCUUACCUCCAAGCCCAGUAAACUCUGACGCUGUCCAGCCAGUGAAGAAGAACAGGAAGGGAAAGGCGAAAAAGAAAGAGAACAAGAAGGAAACACAGAAUUCGAAUUCUGUAGAAAAAGCUGUUGAUCUAAAGCAAGUAGAUGCUGAAGAUGUAAAGGCAUGGAGAUGGACCUCCCUUGCAGACUUUAGUACGAGUGGGAACGCACGCCCACCUAUAUUUUCAAAGGACGGCAGCUAUUUCUUCACUAUCGUCAGUUCGAGCGUUAAAAUCCAUUCAGUUUCCACCGGUCAAGUUAUCUCGACGCUUUCGGUGCCCCAGCGACAAGAUCAGUGCGCGGACGACAUUACAUCUGCCAUUAUAAACCCUCAAAACGCGUUCCAACUCAUCACUGGCUCGUUAGACGGAUACAUCAGACUGUGGGAUUUUCUGGAGGGAAUACUUCUGCAAACCAUCAACAUCACGCAACCAAUAUUUCAUAUUUGCGCCCAUGAAAAAAUUAAAGAUAGUGUCUUUGUCGCAGCUGCUAGGCCUUGGAGAGUCUUCGCCAAAGGAGCUAAAAUCGUAGAGAAGGAUGAAAGUUGUGCAGUUCUUCGGAUAUCAUUAAAAGUAAAAAAUCCUGCUUCAGAGGCCGGAGCACACCAAUCUUCUCAGGUCGUUGCCGUGGGCAAAACAAGGUUCACGAACGGUCUUGCUGUCUCUGCUAAUGGCACAUACCUAGUGGCAGUGGCUGGUCACAAGGCUUAUGUCGCAUCGACGUCUGCGCUCAAAUCUGGUUUCACGAAGUAUGUCUCGCCAGAACAUCUAACCUGUCUUGCAGUACAUCCAUCGGAAGACUAUUUCGCCACUGGCGACGAUAAGGGUGUUGUUCGACUAUGGUACUGCUUGAACCAAAAUGUGCCCAAGGUCAUUGGGGUGGAAAAAAAGGCACAGACGUCGACUCUGCAUUGGCACGCACAUGCUAUUUCGUCUGUGACUUUCACUCCAAACGGCGCAUAUUUGUUGAGUGGUGGUGAAGAAGCUGUCCUAGUAAUUUGGCAACUACACUCGGGAAGGAAGGAGUUUGUUCCGAGAGUGGGCUCUCCUAUCAAACACAUUGCCGUUUCGCGAGCCGGCGGUGGAGAGGAGUAUUUGCUUGGUCUUGCAGAUACAAGCUUUGCAUUCGUCAGCGCGGCAUCGCUCAAACUUUCCCGAGUAUUCUCCAAAAUAAAGAUAGAUCCUACUGUAUCCAGUAGUGGCCCAUCAACAUCAAAAUCCACGCCUUUGGCUGUCCAUGCUCCGUCAUCAACGCUUAUUCUCCCUUCAUCUCAUCCAUCAUCAAUACAAGCUUACUCGCCUUCAUCAUCAACACUUUUAGCGGAGUUAGAAGUGUCUCCCUCCAAUAGGGUUGCUCGUCGUGAUGAGAAGAUUCUAGAGCCCUCGCGCGUGGAACGUGCUGUCGUAUCUUUGUCAGGCGACUGGAUGGCAACGAUAGAUCGUCGGGAGGGAGACGAGACGUUCCGUGGUGAAAUUUACCUGAAGUUCUGGUGGUGGAACAGAAAUGCCGACUUCUGGAUAUUGAACACGAGAAUAGAUCGGCCUCACGGUCUGAAGAACGUGACUUCUGCUACUUUCAGUAAUGUAGCCGGAGAUACCCAGUCGUUGCAAUUGGCAACAACUGGUGAAGAUGGGAAUAUCAAGACUUGGAGGAUUCGGACGACGAAAGAUAAAAACGGAAGUGUCGAGGAAACUUGGACUGCGAGGUCAAGUUUUACGUUCCGAUCAGAACAGCCAAAGCACGUAACAUGGUCGCCAGACGACUCCCUGCUGGUAGUCUCGUUGGGCCCGUAUGUGGUUGUGUACGAGUCCCACACCAAUAUCCUCCGACACGUUUUCAUCACCCCGGAGUGCGAGGUGGUAUUUUCUGCCCAUUUCAUAGGUGCGACUGGCCGGUAUCUAGCUGUAGUGGGAUCCAUAGACUUGGUUCUUUGGGAUGUUAUUACACAAACAGUUCAAUGGCACUAUCGAAGUCCUCGUAUGAUCAAACAUCUUGUUUCUCACUCAUACCAUGACACUUUUACUCUGAUCGGUCCGUCGGGCUCGGACUCCGAAUCUGGAACUGAAGCUACUGUGUUCCGUACAUCGUCCAACGUCCCAGAGAGAAAACAAAAAUUACCGUUUGGCCUCUUAAAUGUCGUCUGGUAUUCCUUCGCGCUGCCGUCUCCUACGAGUCCAUCAUUUUCUCUCGUAGGCAUCACCACGUCCUUAGGAGUAGUUCUUAUCGGCGAAGAUAUCGACAAGUCAGACGGGAAAGGGUCGUCAGCGACUGCACUCAACAAAGGGUCAGCAGCGGUUCAAAAACGAUCCUUAUUCCAGGAGAUGUUUGGCAUCACGGAAUUUUCUGAAAAAUCCAAGCCGUUACCGUCUGAGCAAGUGUCAACCAAGGUCGACACGUCGUUGCCGUGGAAAGGCAGUGACACGAGUAGCAUCUUCGACGGUCCUGCGUACCUCUUGCCACCCAUGCACACACUGUUCGAACCUCUCAUUGAUGGCUUCUUGAAGUUGCGCGUGGACAAUGAGGCGGAAAACGAGCAAAACGAGAAGCACGAGCAAGAGAAUGGUGAUGUGGAUAUGAACAUGGAAGCAGUCAGCGACGACGAACCUGAAUCUUACAACCCAAGAGUAGAUAAAGUCACUGAUGAAGAAGAGUUAGAUACAUAUGUUUCACUCUUCAAGGAAAUAGCUGGGUCCUCCGACUAUCCUUAUCAAUCGAGCAAACCACAGCAACCAAACAAAACACCAAACACUUCGACGCCACGGCCCGCAAAGUCUCCAGCACGUACUCCAGGACCACCGAAAACGCCAAACCCAGAAUCGUCAACACCCAAACAAGCAUCGACGCCUUCACUACCUGCGAAGGCUGGAAAGAAAAGAAGUAGAUUUUCCUUGGGGUGA